AAAAUCUCCGCCUCUUUCUUUCUCUCUCUCCCUCUCUCUCUCUCUCUCUCAAAAUGCAGAGCUCUGCAUUCGGUCCCUCUCCCACCAACCCCUUUCUCAAACCAUUCAAAUCCACCAAACCAAACCCUAACCCUAGAUUCAACCCAAUUUCCAUUCCUCCUCUUCCCAAAUCCCUCCGCGUCACCUCAAUAUAUGGACUCUCAGCUCUUCCCAGCCCUAAAUCACCAACUCUGUCUCGUUUUCGCCGUUGGAUCGCGGUUCCUUCUCCCGAUCCCGAUCUCCGAACAAGAGAUGUCACGGUCAGAGCGAGCUCCGUCCCGGAAAGCGCCGGCGAGAGUACUAAAUCGAGUAGCCUGGUGCAGACGCUGCAGCUUGGAUCUCUGUUCGGGCUCUGGUAUCUCUUUAAUAUCUAUUUCAACAUCUACAACAAGCAGGUUCUGAAGGUCUUUCCAUUCCCAGUAACCAUCACAACACUUCAGUUUGCUGUUGGGACUGUGCUUGUUCUUUUUAUGUGGUCAACUAAUCUAUACAGGAGGCCCAAGAUUAGUUCUGCACAGCUGGUAGCAAUCCUCCCUUUGGCUGUUGUGCACACGUUGGGAAACCUUUUCACCAAUAUGAGUCUUGGAAAAGUUGCUGUUUCCUUCACACACACAAUCAAAGCCAUGGAGCCCUUUUUCUCGGUUAUUCUCUCUGCCAUGUUCCUAGGGGAGUACCCUACUCUGUGGGUGGUUUCUUCUCUUGUGCCGAUUGUUGGUGGAGUGGCGUUGGCAUCACUCACUGAAGCUUCUUUUAAUUGGGCUGGAUUUUGGAGUGCGAUGGCUUCGAAUGUGACCAACCAGUCUCGUAAUGUCCUCAGCAAAAAAUUUAUGGUUAAGAAAGAGGAAUCUCUGGACAACAUAACCCUCUUUUCAAUAAUAACAAUAAUGUCGCUUCUGCUCUUAGCCCCUGUAACUCUAUUGGUGGAAGGCAUCAAGUUCACUCCUGUAUACCUGCAGUCAGCUGGCUUGAAUGUCAAUGAGGUUGUUGUGAGGUCUCUCCUGGCUGGGCUCUGUUUCCAUGCUUAUCAGCAGGUUUCAUAUAUGAUAUUGGCAAGGGUGUCGCCUGUUACCCACUCCGUCGGCAAUUGCGUGAAGCGGGUUGUGGUCAUUGUGACCUCAGUUCUCUUCUUCAGGACCCACGUCACACCAAUCAAUUCUCUCGGAACGGGUGUGGCGCUUGCUGGAGUCUUUCUGUACUCGAGGGUGAAGGGGAUAAAGCCAAAGAAGGCCUAAGCAUGGCGGGUUGGUUGCUCAGAUGAGUUGUUACGGUUUUUGUGGUAAUGUAUUCAUAAUUUCCUUGGCGGACAGGAUGUGUAGAAGUUAGGGUAGUUGGUGAGAGGACCUGUAUUUGUCUUGUUGGGGAUGAUUUUGUAUUCUUUUGCCGCUUCUCUUCUACAAUUUUUCUGGCGGCAUACAUGCCGGAAUUAGAACUCUUUUCAAGCAUUGUUUCCUUCUCUUCAUGCAUUGAUAUUAUUGAAAUGAGAGUUUGUUUA